AGGUUCAGAAUCAAAUGCGACCUGCGCGACCUGAAACUGGCCAUGGGCUGCUCGCCGAUGGAACCUCGACAUCUCCGGGAGCGUUGCGAGCAGAUGUUGAGGUGAAACAGAUCCCCAAGGGUAUCCUUGGUCUGCAUGGAGACACCUUGCUGCUGUCUCGUGCUAAGGGCCCUUUGGUGCACACUCACUUUGCCUUGGCCGGACGAGCUGCGCCCAUGGAACUUGCUGCUAUGGAGGUGAGAAGAGAUCCCAAGGCACCAAUGACGAUCACGGCAAGGCCCUUGGUCACCGUGCAUGAGGUCUCCAGCGAAUUCUUGCGAGCCGUGUCUCCCAAAAAGGUCAACGAGCACGAGAUCAAGAUCGAGGCGAAUGAGCAACUGGUUCGGAAAGCCUGUUGUUUCUGGGAUUGUCGCGUGAACGAAUGAGUGCCAUAAGCGCCGUGCUGCCCAAUGAUGGCAACGUGGACCGAAGAAAUUACAGGACUGGAGGAACGAAACAGACCUUGGUACCUAG